AUGGUUUACCUGCACGGCGGGUCGCUCGUGGGCGGCGGGGCGCUGUCGCUCCAGGCUGCGGACGGCGGCGUCGGGAGUCUGGCGUCCGCGGGUCGCGUCGUCUCGGUGUCGGUGGCCUACCGGCUCGGCGUGCUCGGGUUCCUCGCGUCUCCCGCGCUCGAAUCGGCGCGCGGGACGUCCGGGAACUACGGCCUGCUGGACGUGAUCGCGAGCCUCGAGUGGGUCAAGGCGAACGCGCGGUCCUUUGGCGGCGACCCGGAGCGGAUCACCGUCUACGGCCAGUCUUCGGGCGGGUCCCUGGUCUUCGCGCUGCUCGCGUCGCCGCUCGCGCGGGGGCUCUUCCGGCGCGCGAUCAGCAUGUCCGGGAGCCCGCGGCUGAACAGCACCCUGGAGGAGGCCUACGGCUACUGGCACCGCGAGCCCGUCCUGGCGACGCGAUGCGCCGCGCUCAUCGACGGGCCUGAACUCCGGGACUGCCUCUACUCGCUCGACGCGUCCGAGCUCGUCGCCGCGCAGCCCGACGACUGGGACGCCGCGACCUUCUCCUACUCCCUCUUCGACGAGGACUACCGGUACGCGCCGCUCCUGCUCGUCGACGGCCGGGUCCUCCCUCGCGACUACCGCGAAGCGGACUACGACGCAGACGUCGCGACGAUCGUCGGCGUGACGCGCCAGGAGGCCGACUUCUCGCCCGGCGACGACGCGCGGACCUGGACGGCGGCGGACAUGGCGGCCUUCCUCGCGAACGAGACGGCGCACCUCGGGCCCGACUUCGUCGACGGCCUCCUGGACGCCUACGACGUCCGCGGCCGGGCGGCGCUCGACGCGCAGCGGCUCUACUCGGAGAUCCUCGCGGACGCGUCCGUCUUUUGUCCGACCCUCGUCCUCGCGCGCGCCAUGCCGGACCCCGUGGUCUACUCGACGUCCGCCCGGCCGGGCCGCCCCUACGCGCCGCUCGCGCCCUUGCAGAUCGUCCGAGGCUACGAGCCCCGCUACGCGUUCCACGCCGUCGACAUGUUCAUGCUCUUCAACUUCACGAACGGCUACGCCAUGACCGACGGCGACCGCGCCUACUCGCGGAGCCUCGUCUCGGCCUUCGCGGGCUUCGCGCGGGACGGGGCGCUGCCCCGGGGCUGGCGCCGCUUCUCCGGCGACGGGUCCUACGGCGUCGUCGACUGGCGCGACGGGACGACGGCGACGACGGCGACGAACCUCAAGAAGCGCCAGUGCAAAUUCUGGCUGCGGCACGACGCGUACCGCCGCUACGCCUGGGUGAACUGA